AUGACAAGUCUCUUCAAGUCUAUGACAAUAUCUUCAGAAGGUGGUGAUCCUAGAUACACAGGUUACAGAAAGAGGCGCAGCCAACCAUCCACCUGGACUUCUAUCUUGUUCGCAGUAGGUGCUAUAUUUGGAGUUUUAGUUCUGUACAAAUGGUUUAAGAGCUAUGUUACUGGAUCGCCAAUCCAGCUACCUUCAUAUAAAGUUUCAUUAUUGUCUUACAUAAUGUGUUUCAGGAAAUUUAAUACGUCACCAGUGCAUCCGUUGUCCCUUCUUCUUGAAUAUUUCUGCGCUAUUGCUAAAAUUUACGAGAAAGAGGGAAUCUUUUACAUGUGGUUUGGAUAUAAGCCUUUCAUCUUUGCUUACAAAUCAGAAAUUGUCAAGGCGAUAUUAUGCAACCCAGAUAGUAAAGGAGUGCCCCUUGAAAAAAUGAUGGCUUUAAGAUCGAUAACUGGAGAUGGACUAUUAUUAAGUGAAGGCAAAAAGUGGCGUCGAAAUCGCACCUUAAUUAAUCCAGCAUUUCAUACAAGAAUUCUGGAAAAUUACAUGCCAAGUUUUAACGAAGGCUCCAGAAGACUGGUGAAUAAACUGAAGGUAUUCGUUAAUCAGCCAUGGGUAGAUUUAUGGCCGUUAUUCAUCGUGAAUUCUCUGGAUCUCAUUUGCAAAACAGCGAUGGGAGUCAAAACAGCUGUAGAUGAAGACAACCCAGUGAUUACAUCAGUCAUAAAAUCAUGCAAAAUAGUCCAUGCGAUAUCAGUUUAUCGAAUGUUUAGACCAUGGACAUUUUGUGACACAAUAUUUAGUUUGUUUCCAAGCAGUAGAAAGUUAAAUGAAGCAUCUGAUGUAUUUCACACCUUUUGCAAGAAGAUAAUCAGAGAGAAGAUGGAUUCCCUUUCGGAUGACAAAGCAAACGCUAAUGAAACGGAUCAAGAUAACGACAUUUUAAGAAAGAAACAACGUACAUUCUUAGAACAUCUGUUGGCCUACCAUAUGAAUAACCCAGAAUUCACGUUAGAGGAUGUUCAAAAUGAGGUGUAUACCGCCAUUACCGCAGGUCACGAAACCGUAUCCUCAGCUUUGAAUUGGGCUGUAUAUAUGUUUGGUGUCUCGCCUCACUUUCAAGAAAAAGUUGUCCAAGAACUGAAUUGCAUAUUUGGGGAUGAUUACUAUAGAGAUGUUACGUAUGAAGACCUUAAAAAUAUGACAUAUCUGGAAAGCUUCAUUAAGGAAGUUCUGAGACUUUAUCCUCCAGUACCUAUCUUUCCACUGAAAUUUAAAGAAAAUAAGGAAAUAGGCAACUAUAUUAUUCCAAAAGAUGUCACAUGCGUAAUAUUUCCAUACAUGCUGCACAGAAAUCCUGAAAGUUUUCCAAAUCCAGAGGUUUUUGAUCCAGAAAGAUUUUCUCCUGAGAAUUGUAGUACAAGACAUCCGUAUUCUUAUCUUCCUUUUUCUAUGGGUGAAAGAAACUGCAUAGGUAGCAGGUUUGCUAUGAUGGAGCUAAAGAUUGUAUUGAGCCACUUACUACGGUACUUUAAAUUCACAUCUUUGGAUCCGAGAGAUAAAAUUAGCCCAAAGUUUGCAACUGUUUUAUCGAAUUCAGGUCCGUUGCGCAUUCAGCUGGCGUCGCGGACGAGGACUUAACGAAGUGCUAUCGCAUCGUUUUUAAAAUUACUUGAUUUGUAAAUUAAGACUGAAAUUACUUGAUUAUUAAUUUUGUUGAAAUUGCUUUCAAUAUUUAAGCAGUCUCUUUCAAAAGGAUCACGUGACAAAUAUGUUAGCAGAUAUUUAAUUUAAAUUUCUGUGUGUCUUUUGCAAAGAAAUUUCUAGUUAUU